AAGAGUUCGGCGAAGAAGGAAGAAACAGGGAAAGGGGCGCUUUCCGAGCGGUGGUGUAUUUAGCAAGAAGGGAGCCCCAACCUUCCGGAGCGCGCAAACGUGUGAACCCAGCUUUGGAGGAUAAUAGGCAUUGGAUUUUUUUCCUGAAUUAAAGUGCUCUGUGAACCGCGAUCAUGGCCUUGGCUGACAUCCAGAUGAAAUCGGAGGACUUUUUGGAAAAAAACCAGCUGAAUGCUGGCGGUUUUGGAACAGUCUCAUUAUGCUACCACAAAAAUUAUGGGCUUGUAGUAUUAAAAACUGUGUAUACUGGACCUAAACGCACAGAAUGUAACACUUCCCUUCUAGAGGAAGGCAUGAUCAUGCAUAAACUAAAUCACGAUCGGGUGGUAAAACUACUGGGUGUCAUCCUGGAAGAUGGAAAUUACUCCCUUGUGAUUGAAUACAUACGCAAAGGAGACUUGAUGUCUGUUCUAAAAGCAACUCCUAUAUUUUUGCCUGUGAAAGGACGCUUUGUUCUGGAGACCAUUGAAGGAAUGCUUUACCUAACAGAACAAGGUUUAGUGCACAAGGAUCUGAAGCCAGAAAAUAUUCUUGUGGAUGAAAAUUUUCACAUCAAGAUAGCAGACCUUGGUGUGGCUUGUUUCAAAAACUGGAGCAGGCUGACUAAAGAAGAGACCAGUCGACAGAGGAAAAUCAAACAGAAUUCCAAGAGUAACGCUGGCACCCUUUCCUACAUGGCCCCGGAACAUCUGCAGGACAUCAACGCAAUGCCUGUGGAGAAAUCAGAUGUGUACAGUUUUGGCAUCGUUUUAUGGGCCAUUUUUGCUGCCAAAGAACCUUAUGAGAAUGCUGUCACUGAUACCCAACUGUGCUAUUGCAUCACAGCAGGCAACAGACCACCUAUCAGAGAGGUGGAAGACAGUUGUCCAAAUGAGAUUAUUACUUUAAUGGAACGCUCUUGGCAGCAACAGCCAAAUGAUCGCCCAACCUUUGCAGAAAUAAAUUUGAUUUACAAACCAUAUUACUAUAAAAACUUUGAAGAGGAGGUGGAAGACCAUGUAAGAAAAUUAAAAGAAAUAUAUCCUGAACCAAUCGAACUUGUAAAACGGAUGGAAUCUCUCCAAGUGGAUGCUAUGUCAGAACCUCCCAGCAGAGCUCGAUCAGAUCAACCUGGUUCUUUGCACAGUUCUCAAGGUUUCACUGCUAACACCAUCGAUGAAAACAUGUUCGCGCCCUAUCCAGAAAAUGAACCAGUGGAAAGCUGCGAAAAUGCCCUUGAACCUCCAGCAACCUUGCAAAGAAAAUUACAGGAUGAACUAAAUUACCAUUUAUACGGCAGCCGGAUGGAUAGGCCAGAAAAUCCUUCUGCCGCGUUUAGUGCCGAGAUACAGGAAGAGGAGAGUAGGAGGAGGAGGAGAAAGGUAUCCUACGACCCAUUUGCCAAAGCCGCAGCCACACCUCAGACACCAGAGCUUCACCCGAGAGCUCAAAACAUCGAAGCAAGUGUUAGUCACAACAAUAUCGUUACAGCUCACUCAAGUCACCCGUGGCACUCAACACCAUCAGGAGCAAGAGAUCCAAAUGGGUUUUUGGGGGCAGGAGCUCCACUUCCCAGAAGGGUACUAAGUGCAGAAGAUCUCUAUGGAGCGCCCUCAGCCGCAAACUUUAAUUUCAAUAAACCACCAGUUCCAGAAUCCGGCGUGCACAGUCAGGCCAAGCCGUUCAGUCCGUAUCACUAUUCCCAGAGCUUAAGCACAGAAACGGGUCCUGUGGAGUCGACUCCCUUUAGGAAAUUCAACUUUGCACAUCCUAUGGGCGGAAUACCUACAGAAGAACCGCCACAUUACAACAUAUAUAAUAGUACUGGAAUUCAGAUAGGCUCCUACAACUAUUUAGAAAUUAAAAAUCAAGAUAUUCGAGGGAACAGCCCUCCAGCAACUACUGAUUACUCUGCAGAAGAACACCAGAAAAUAUUUGACAGCACUGCCAUAGUUUCGGAUAUCCACCUAAACCUUGUGAGAGACAACUUGUCCAGGCAAUGGAAACACUGCGCUCGUAAACUGGGCUUCAAUGACCCUGAGCUGGAUGAAAUUGACCACGAUUAUGAACGGGAUGGACUCAAAGAGAAAGUUUACCAGAUGUUCCAGAGGUGGCUGAUGAAGGAAGGCAGCAAAGGGGCAACUGUAGGGAAGCUGGCCAGAGCCCUCUUUGCUUGCAAGCGGAUAGAUCUCGUCAAUAGUUUUAUCAAAAUAAGCCAGGAUUCUGAAAGAAACAAUAGAUAAGAAGUCAAACAAAGAGCAGGAGGACUUUGGCCGGGUUGGACAUUUUUUUCCAGAAGAUAUUUUUAUAUUACAGGUCAUUGGUCAGGACAAAUGCUGCAAGCAGACCGCUAUUCUAUGCAAGCAGAAUAAGGAAUAGGAGAUAAAGAGCAAAUGAUGGCCAAUCCCAAGGGACGUUUUCAUAGCAAUCCCUUAAAAAAAAAAAAAAGCUACAAACUUAACAGAACGCUUUCCAGCAGGGACAGAACAAAACAUGCAAAAUGUGGGUGUUUUGCUCCGUGCAUGGAACAAAAUGGCUGUUUUGUUCUGGACACGAUCCAUAAUAUUCUUCCACAGGGAAGAGGGUGAUGAGGGUGAGGCAGGAGAGCAGCAGCAGGAAAGGAAGACUGCAGAGCACCUUGGCAGGAUUUUGGUAUACGCCACACUGGGCCUUUAGUGGCAACGGUGAUGGAUGAGGGGAGGGAAAGGAAAGCACUGGUGGGGCUGGCCCCUGAGAUGUUCCAGUUUGGAAAUUGAUGAUGGAAAUAGGAAGCAAUACCCACUAAUUUAGCUCCAUUUACCUGUCUGGAUUUGUUUCAUUUCAAUGCAAGACAAUCAAAGUAUAUUCUCGGUCUGGCUUCUGCCAAAUCACAACUGGCCUGAAAUGGCUCAUCAGAACGUCUGAAGUGCUACGGGUUUUUUCCUAAGUAUAAAACGCAAUAUUUUUUUUCCAUUUCAUGCAGACCUCUGCCUGUUUUAUGUCAAAUUUUGAAUGAAUUUGUACAAUUUUAAUUUUUUUAAAGUACAGAAAAUGGGCAUAAGGCUAUUCUCCUAGUCUUAUUAUAAACCAGAAUCUCUUCUCAAAAACAAAGCUGGAUUAUCAUUCUCCUUCGGUUUUGUAAAACCUGCUACUACGAUCAGUAAACUCUGAAUCUUUAUUAAUAGACUAAGAAUAUAACAGUUUGGCAAGGGCUGAUGAGCAACAGCUUCAGCAACCAUCUUGGCAAGGACGAACAGUAUAGGAUCACAUGUGAUUUUCUUAUAUAUAAAGGCAAAAUGUGAGGGAAGGGAAUGGA